AUGAACAACUCACGCAGCCACAAUGCGCGGGCAUCAAUGCGGCGUCAUACGUCAUCAAGUAAUCAUCAUCCAUGCUUUCCACUUACUCAUGACAACUUUCCAAUUGUGUCAUGCUCACCCGAGCAGCAUGUAAAUUAUAAAAACUUAGCUGAUCAUUUGUCCAUUGAAGCUGUUCAAAAGGCCAAGUGGGCUAUGAGCUAUGAAGACGGUACCAACGGAUGGAAACUCUCGAACUCGCAACGCCAGUUUCGAGACACGGGGAUUCGCACUUAUAGUCGACGAAGUGACUCUCGUGAUCGUAAUAGCCAUCGAGAGAUCGAAUUUCGGUGCAUGGGCAAGGUGCAAAUGUCAGUUGGUCAUUGCUUAAACGCGCUUUACUCGGACAAUACCACAGAUUUUCGUAGUAAUUCUACAUUUCUCAUUGAAAAUGCGCUAGACGCUGUCGUGCUUAAUGCAAUAGAGACCAAGACAGAUGAAAAGCCACAUCAUUAUCUCGGUCUUAAUUGGCUUGCAACUCGCUCGUCUGGAAUAUUUGGAAAAAAUCGGGAUGUCUGCUAUCUUAGAAGUACGGGCACGACAGUGGAUGUUAGUAAAACCAACAUUGGCUACGUGGUCAUGCAAUCAGUUGACAUACCUGAGAACACAUCUUUGGAAAUUCCGCUUGGCUUUUUACGUUGUAAGAUGUCGGCUGUGUUGUUAUUUAAAGACAACACAGACAAUGAUGCUUCCAACGUGUUAUGGCAGGGUUCUAUAAGUAUGAAUGACCACUCAUCUAGUAAACUCAUUCAAUUCAUUCACGAAACCUUUACAUCAAUAGUUUCCAACCUAAACAAGGUGGAAGAAGCUAAAUACAUGGCUCGACAGGUGGAAGGCCAAAGGUUUCAGCGCAUGAUUGCAGGGGUUGACCGGAAAUUCUGCUACAUUUGCCAUCGAAAGUUCUCUCUUGUUCGACAACGUUCCCGAUGUAGUGCUUGCGGAGAGAAUAUGUGCAAGGAUUGUGAAGUGUCAAGUCGCGCUAAAGCGUUCAACAGCGCUAGCUUUGAUGUGCCUACGCCAUCGCUUAGUCGUCCGGAAUAUGUGCUGUUUUGCAAAAGCUGUGUUGCUUCUGCACGUCACGAUAUGAAAAACCAGACAGCGAGCUGCAAUGCACGUUUAAAUCCAUCAUUCUUGUCAACCGACAACUUGAGCUCGAUGGACAACGGAGACCAUUCUCCGACACAAAAUGGUAAUUUGUCUGGCCAGAAUCGUAGCCCAAGUCACAACCCGAUGCAAAAGCUUGCAGAAAGCAAGCACUCGGAUCGUACUUCGUUACAUAUCGGAUCAACAAUAAAUAUGUCCAAUGCCGACGAAGUGCCUCUCAGUCCACUAUCCGUUCGCAUGCAGCGUGAAAAGCGACGGUCUCGACUUAACACAGAUGUUUUGGAAUCGUACGAUGAUUUUGACAGCCACGAGUACGAUUUUCCAUGGGAAACCGGUGAGUCCGAGCUGCUGGAGCCCAAUCGAGCCAGCAGCAGCAACUACAAUAGCCUCAAGUGUGCAUCGGUAGACCGUCGUGGAUCUCAAGAAGGUCGUGACAAUGAUUUGGCUACUCGCCUACGGGAGAUUUCGCAACGGGCACAGGACGCUCUGGAUGUAACCAAGCGCAAUUCAAGCAUGAUGAGCGAUACGAGCAGUGCCCCUCGUAUGUCGGACCUUUCGUCGGCGUUCAAAGAUUUAGACAAAUCCAUUGCAGAGCAGGCAGAUUUGCUUAACGUCCUCGGUUUCGUCAGUACCGGUCGUGUUUAUAUGGAAAAUAAUGGUCCAGAACAGGGUGGUGUGCGUAUUAGUGAAUCGUCUAGCGUCAUAAGUGACGAUCGUUUUGAAGUGAUCACUUAG